UUUCUUCAGCUCAGCAAGGCUCCUUCUUCGCAUGGGGAAGAAUUGUGGGAUUUCCCCAUCACAAGGAUCACCAUGUUCUUGGACUACUUCUACUUUUUCUUUUAUCUCAACCUCACGGGCAGCAGCAGCCCCAUUAAUUGCAGCUGCCAAAGCAAUCACCAUGCUGCUGCCAAGACAUUACCCAGCACCCGAUCAGGUCUCAUUCCGGCCUGGCCCCUCCGUGCCGUGAGGCCGCGCCUUCACCGCCCCGCCGGGAGCGCCGAGCCCCGGCCCGGCCCGCGCAGCGGUGCGGCGGAACGGGGCAGCCGCGGCACGGCCGCCGCGCCGGCGGAGCGCUCAGGCUGCUGCACCGCGCGCCGGAAGGAGCUCGCUCGCCAUGGUGCGUGUGCUGGGCCGGGCAUGGCGAUGGGAUUGGGAUUGGCGACAGGAGUAGGGCCAAAGUUACGAAAACCUCAAGGAGGGAAGCAAGAGAAAAAAGUUAUCCAUCCCUACAGCAGAAAAGCUGCACAGCUUGCAAGGGAAGUACACAAACAAGAAAAGAAAGAAAAGUUGAAGACUGACAAAGCUUUGCGUUUAAGUAUUAUUGGAGAAAAACUGCAAUGGUUUCAAAGUCACCUUGAUCCCAGUAAAAUCGAGUACACAAAGAAGGAAGCUGGUGAACUAAUUGAAAAUUAUAUGUGUCGAUUUAAUGCUGAAUUGGAGCAGAUUGAAUUACAAAACAGUAUUAAAGGCAGACAAGGAAGACAGCAUGGUUCACGGGAAACUGUCAUCAAGCAGACAAUAGAACGUGAAAGACAACUCUAUGAGGGCUAUGGAAUAGAAAUCCCAGACAUUAUGAACAGAAAGCAUCUUAAAUUUUUCAGAGAAUGGGAUGGUGAUCUGAGGAAACUGCCAAACAUCAAAAUGAAAAAGCUCUCUGCUAGGGAUGCUGCCUGCAGUCACCCUGAGGUGACAGAUGCAGAAGCAAAAGAAGAUUUGAAUGAAGAAGAGGUGGGCGCUGAUGAGCACCAGCUGAUGCAAGAGCUGAAAUAGUGAAGGGAAUUGUAAGAAAUCUAUUUUAAUUUUCACUGGAAACAAAAAUAAAAUUUAACUAUAUUUCUAAA